CUGGCCUCGGAAAGUACAGUAAAAAGUCCAAGUGCAGCCGCUGGGCACAAGAUGGGAUCCGGCUCUUCCAGCUACCGGCCCAAGGCCAUCUACCUGGACAUCGAUGGGCGCAUUCAGAAGGUGAUCUUCAGCAAGUAUUGCAACUCCAGCGACAUCAUGGACCUGUUCUGCAUUGCCACAGGCCUGCCUCGGAAUACAACCAUCUCGCUGCUAACCACGGACGACGCCAUGGUCUCCAUCGACCCCACCAUGCCUGCAAAUUCUGAGCGCACUCCCUACAAAGUGAGACCUGUGGCCAUCAAGCAACUCUCUGGUAAGGUGCUGCUGCCAUUUUUUAAAUUAACAACAAAAAAAGAACGACUGAGCUUGUCCUGUGAUUAAACAUACCAGCUAAGCAUUUGAAUCUACAGCUGAUAGCAUUACAGAAUCUGAAACAUUGUGCAGACUGCAGAGGCUCUGCGGCAUCGACCCACCAGGCCCCCCAAGUCCCUGAGGGCUCAGCAGGUGCUGGCCACCUUCCCCUCUGUCUUCCCGGCCCCCAACCAGGGCCCCUCGCUGUGACUGCCAGGAGGGGCCAUCUGCAGCCCCUGUGCCCCUGGCCUCGUGCAGCCAUUGUGCUGUGUGAGAAUCCCUUUCUGUGUGGAUCUCACAUCACUUUUACUCGUGCAUGAUUUACACAGAAUAAAAUG